GAAAAGAGACAAAAAGCAUUGUCUGUGCAUCAUUCAUUUUUCAAACCACACCCCAUGAUUGGGUGCAUUACUAUAAUUCCCCCCCACACCCCGUCUCCGAUGAAUGAAAUUGACAUAACACACAACAAAUGGAAACGAACGAUUCCCCUCUUUUCCUCACACAAACAAAGACAUAAAUAAAGCCAAAAGCAACCCAACUCGCCCCAUUUUCACGUAACUCACUGAAAUUGGAACCCAAACAAACCCUUUUCAAACAACACACUAAUUACCCUCCUUUCACCUUCUAAUCAUUCCCUCCUCUCUCUCUAGUGUUCCUUUUAAUUAGUAGCUCAACGAGAUACCUCAAAAUUGCACACACCAAAAAAACAAAACAAAAAUGGCCAAGCUGAUCUUCUUCUUCUUCUGUUUGUCACUGUUGCUAACGUUACACCUCGACCGACCUCUCGCAGAAGCAAGUAAUGUGACGGACAUUUUCAUCCUGGCGGGACAGAGCAACAUGGCGGGGCGAGGCGGAGUGGACCGCGGCAAGUGGAACGGCGUCGUCCCUUCGCAAUCCGCUCCCAGCCCGUCGAUCCUCCGGCUGAGCGCCGGGAUGAGGUGGCAGCCGGCCGCCGAGCCCCUCCACGUGGACAUCGACGUGGCGAAGAACAAGACCUGCGGGGUGGGGCCGGGCAUGGCGUUCGCCAAUGCGCUGCUGCCGGAGCUCAUGAGGUGCAAUGAGGCGGCGUCGGCGGUGGUGGUGGUGGGGCUAGUGCCGUGUGCGGUGGGCGGGACGAGGAUCCGGCAGUGGAGGCGGGGGAAGCGGCUGUACGGUCGGAUGGUGCGGCGGGCGAGAGCGGCGGCGAGAGGCGGCGGCGGCGGGAGGAGGAGGAUCCGAGGGGUUUUGUGGUAUCAAGGAGAGAGCGAUACGGUGCGUAGAGAGGAUGCGGAGGGGUAUAAGGGGAAUUUGGAGAGGCUGGUAGUGGACUUGCGGUCGGAUCUUGGCAUCCCUGCUCUGCCGUUUCUCCUGGUUGCAGUGGCAUCUGGGGAAGGCAAGUUUGUGGAACAAGUGAGGAAAGCCCAACUCACAAUCGACCUUCCAAACGUGCAAUGCGUAGAUGCCAAGGGAUUGGGCCUGAAAGCAGAUCAUCUCCACCUAACCACUACCUCGGAGGUUCAGCUGGGCCAGAAGCUGGCCCGUGCCUUUCUUGCUCAUUUUGGCCAUCGGCCCUCAUUGCACCAACUUAUGCAGUAGCCUAUCCACCUGCGAUUAUUAUUAUUGUUGUUGUUGUUAUUGGCUUAUUAUUACUGCUAUUAUUAUGAGCAAGGUUGUCAAACUGGUUUAUAUAGUUGUGCCGGUUUGGCAAGUGGAAUGGUAUGAUCGGUGGUAUAACCAGUUUGUGCCGGUUCAUGCCGGUUUAAAAAAAUAUGAAAAUAAUUAAUAUCCAAUGUAUUUAAUCAUAUAUAAAACAUAUUUGUGGACAAUUUAGUUACAAUCCAACAAAUAUCAUCAACUAUUAACUAUUAAAUUCAUAAAAUGAAUAAUAAAUUUGUUUUUUUAUUAAUUGAAUUCAUUAAAAUGAUGUCAUUUUGCUUAGAAUGCGUAAGUCGAUCAUACCGGUCAUACCGGUAAUGUCAUGUCGGUUUUAUAACUGGCACAUGUUGAACCAGGUUCAACCGGGUGGCAAUGCCGGUAUGAUUAUGAGAUUCUGUCUUAGCUAUAAGGAGAAAACAUAUGGGCUCACAAAGACCACAUAGCGGGCCCAAUCGUACUUGGACAUAUAAGGUAUCUAACUGGCUUAGGCCCAUCAGAUCACGACGACGACGACGACUUGCGGAGCCGAAAGUAAAAUCUUGAUCCGUGUCUGAAUCUGGGUUCUGAUUCUUUGAGCCUGUUUCUCAGCUGCGUCUCAGCAGAGCAGACUGGCCACUCCGAAGUCUGAAACACAGCGGGUAAUCAGGUUACAAUCCUAUAAUGAUGGAGUUAAAAGCCAAAAUUGUGAAACUGUAUGCCAAAAAGUGAAUAAUACAAUAUUUUGUACUAAAAUCAUGGUUUAAUUUGGGGUGAUAGUCGGUCGGUUUCGGUUUAACCGUAAAUCAAAAAAAUCGGUUAUCAGUUAGCUCAAGGGUGGAGCUACACGAGGCCUCGGGGAGGCCCCGGUCCCCCGAAAAUCUCGAUAGUCACCUAUACGUGGCUUAGGAUAUUAGGUAUAUACUAAAUAUGUUUAGUUAAAUAAAAAGACGUGCAAGAUACAAUCAUAAAAAUUUAUUUAGUGCAGCGUAAGAUGGCUUCUAUUUUGACCCCUUGGUCGUGGUUUCGAUGGCAGUUGAUAGCAGCAGAUUUAAGGUUUUGUUUACUACUUUUUUCAUGGUAUGCCAUUUAAGGUUUUGUUUACUACUUUUUUCAUGGUAUGCCAGGUUCGUUUGGUAGAUGCGUAUCUAAAUGAUGUAUUUAAUGAAUGCAUGUAUUGUAGAGAAUGCAUCGUUUUUUUGUUGCAAAAUAAAACACAAUGCAUGUAUUUGAUUGUUGAUGUGACAUUUGAAAUCAUUCAAAAUGAAUGAUUUAGAAUCUC